AACCCUAUUCUCUCCCUCUGUUUCUCUCUUCUUUACCUUUUACAAAACCCUAGACCUCAAAAGCACAGCAGUACGACAAUGGAUUUCACUCAAGAAGACUUCGAUCGCUUCCUUACAUUCGAGCAUGCUCGAAAAUCCGCUGAAACUGCCUAUGCCAAGGACCCUCUAGACUCUGACAAUCUGACUAAGUGGGGUGGAUCAUUAAUUGAAUUAUCGCAAUUCCACCCUCUUCAGGAUGCAAAAAGAAUGUUAACCGAGGCGAUUUCGAAGUUAGAGGAGGCAUUGGUUAUAAAUCCGGUGAAGGCUGAGACUUUAUGGUAUAUAGGGAAUGCAAAUACUUCUUUUGCAUUUUUGACUCCUGACCUUACUGUGGCAGAGGGUUAUUUUAGUAAAGCAGCUGAUUAUUUCCAACAAGCUGUCGACGCGGACCCGAGCAAUGAGCUCUACCGCAAGUCCUUAGAAGUCACUGCAAAGGCACCAGAGUUGCAUAUGGAGAUCCAUAAGCAGGGAGUUGAUGAACAGGCUAUGGGUGCAGGUCCUGCAGGAGCUUCUGCAUCUUCAAAUUCAAAGGUUUCAAACAAGAAUAAAAAGAGCAGUGAUUUCAGAUAUGACAUUUUCGGAUGGGUAAUCCUUGCGGUUGGAAUUGUUACAUGGGUGGGAAUGGCGAAAACCCAAAUUCCUCCUCCUACGCCGAAAUAAGCCCUUAAGUAAAUUGUGGAAUCUUCAGAUAUAGAUUAUUUUUUCCCAAACAGGAAACAUGUAGUCGAUUAAGUUAUCCAUGUGGCAUGCUACCCACAUGACCAUUUUGUUUUGUCGUUGCUAAUUUGGCUAGCAGAUUUAAUCUUUGGCAAAAAUUUUUUAUGGUCAUCUUUGUAUUAUUCUAUUA